AUGGCCGGUGAAGAAAACACAAUAACCGAAAGUGUGCCAGAGGUUCAAGAACAAAAUGGCCUAACUGAAAACCUAAAUGAUCUAGUAUCGACCAGUCAAGCAGCUGUGCUACAAGCAGUUUUACAGGAUUCUGCGGUCAGCGAAAGCCUUCCAGCUCAAGUAAGUAUAAGGAUACUGUAAUUAUUAUAAAAGUUUAAAAGACUCGUCGUAACAAUAAUUGUAUGAAUAAGCAAACUUUUUUAGUUUCAAUUCCAACACGCUUCAUUAAGCGAUUUCUCAUACGCCUACCCGAGUUUAGCCGAUACUGCGGCUUUAAGUCUUCGGCCAAUUGUAGACGGUACUCAUGGGCUAAAUGCUCUCUCUGGUAAGUGUCUGAGUACUUUUAAAAAAUUUAAAAUUAUACUAUUUAUAUUUUGAUGUAUUAGGCUUACGCUCACGUCUAGAUUUAAUCUUAAACUUAAAUUUAGACUAAAGUUUGGGCUUAGGCAUGUAAAAAUUAAAAUUUGAUUUAAUUCGUGUCCAGUGCAUUCCUGGUUAACCCUUUUUCCAGAAUGUAUAUCGGACUCUGGGUUUAAGAAAAUUAAAUCCGAAAGUAGUUCAAGCUCUCGAACUUCUUCCAAUUCAGUGUUCCCGUCAUCGUUGAGUCAUCAGAAUGCGCCGGCACGUCGUCGACAUCGCACCACCUUUACGCAGGAGCAGUUGGCCGAGUUGGACCGGGCUUUUCAAACCUCCCACUAUCCCGACAUUUAUGCUCGAGAAGAGUUGGCUAAAAUGACCAAGUUGAACGAGGCUAGAAUUCAGGUAAGUACACUAAUAUUUAAUAUUAUAGUUGCGUUAGUACUGGCUUUUUGUAAAAGAUGAAAGUAAAACUAUGUGCUCAAAACACAUAUGACAAAACUAUUAUGACUAUUAAACUAUAGAAGUUACAAUAAUUUUAUGAUACAUUAAGCUAACUUUUUAUUUAUUAUGCCAAGACGCUGUAUACAAUAAUCUGCACUUGUUUUGACAUUCUGCAUUCUUAAUCCCAUUGUCAUAAAAGUCGAAAAUGCCAACUGCCAUGUUUUUGCACUUGGUUUUACCUCAUUAUGCGAGUCCACACUUAAUUGCCAAUUCAAUUGACUCGUAAUAAUUAGGCGUACAAAAAGUUUCGGGAUGAGUCGAAUGUUGGCAAAAUGAGAGUGGAAUAUUAAACAGAAUGAAUUUCAUACUAACCCUUAACAAAAAAUGGCACUAUUUUAAUAAAACUUUUUAAAAUUUUACCCUACCCUACUCUACUUUACCUAACUCUACCAUAUUUUACAAAUACAGUAACAAAGUUUCUAUCGUAACUGACGUUACAAAUAUACCGCGCUUAAACAUGAAAUAAAUCGUGCACUUAUGCUUAAUUAACAAUCACUUGACUAUGAUACAUUUCUUUGUAGCUUAUAAUAAUAAAAAUUUGAGUGGUAAUUGAGAUGCGCAUAGGGAAAAAGCAUAAGAUGUCAAGAUGAACGUAAAAGAAAAUGAAAAAUGACACCGCUACUUUUCAAUGCUUCAUACUGUGACUUUGGCUAUGUUUCUUUAACGUUACCGUAAUCCUACGGUAGCCUAUAAAAAAGAUCAUAACUAUGUAUUCCAGCAAGUAUUUUAGUCAUUUUUUACUGAUAAUAUAGUAUUAUAUUAGAGGAAUGCGCUUGUUAGAGACAGGGUUAAUAAACUUAAAUAGUAAGCAUAGCUGUGCCAUGACUAAACGUAUGGCUAUGCUAGGACUAACUCUGUGACCAGCUUUUGAACUUUUCUUGACCUUGCCAAACUUUUUGCGUAAUUGACACCUUCGAAACUUAAUCCAGUCUCAAUUUUGCGCCAAAUCCUAAUCCCUAUAAUUGAUUUCAUGCUGAGUGGCCAAAAGUCGAAAACAAGUCGGGAUGAGUGCAUUUGUUCGGCAAUUACGAUGCAAUCGAACAUGACAAUUAAAAGGCAUUUAGUUGAUACAGAACGAUAAUUAACUUUAUAAAAGUUUUAAAAUACUAAUAUCUAAAAAAUAAAAAAAGAAUAUUUUGAAAACACUAAUCAAAAAUUUUUUAUUAGGUAUGGUUCCAAAAUCGCCGCGCCAAGCAUCGUAAGCAAGAAAAACAGCUCCAGAAGUUAUCUUUAAACAACUUCAACAGUAGUAAUAAUGUGGCAGCAGCAGCAGCGGCCGCGGCUGCUCAAUCAGGACAAAUGAUGCGGCCGAUGUACCCAACAGCAACUGGUACUGGUACCAAUUCUCGCACCGGAAUUGAAUCUUGUUGGUACCAACCGUAUCAAGUGCCAAGACAAAUCAACUAUCCCAACACGACCAUUCCGUAUGGAAUGUCACAAAACUUUGGCAGUGUCAUGACUGGGUAGGUACUGGUUUUAAUUUUGGAUGACAUGUUAUACGAGGAAUACAAUUUGUAAAAAAUUUAUUUAUUUUGUUUUGUAAACAAAGUUUUUGUCAUUUUGUAUAGAGGUUACUUAUGUCAUUAUAUAGCUUAGCCAUAAUUUAAUAUAAAGUUCAUCUUCAGAUCCCAACUAUCAGGAUUUGGUGACGCAGCCGAUGAUUUGUAUGCCAAGUUCAGGAUGUCGAAUACAAAUGGCAACGGGCUGAGUUCGUACCCACAAGAACCAAACACGUAA